AUGCCCUCGACAAAGUAUGGCAGUGGGUCUGGCGGCGGCAGUGACCCCUUCAAGAACAGCACCUCCGGGUCCAUGUCCAAGAAACUAAAGGAACCCAAAAAGAAGAGGGGCGACUCCAAAAACAAAGAGGAGGAGCACGCAUCAAGACGCCGAACACAAAACCGCGCCUCCCAAAGGGCAUACAGGGAGCGCCGGGAGAACCGCCUCCAGGAGCUCGAGGCCCAGGUCCAGGAGGCGGAGAUGCUCAACCAGACCCUCACGGCCGCCUACUCGGAGCUCCGGGCCGAGAUGGACAGCCUCCAGGCCGAGAAGGCGCAGGAGCAGUACUACGCCAGCAUGGCGGCCGCGCAGGCGGGGCCCUCGUCCUAUGACGCCUCGUACGGGACCCCGGCCUCCGGCGGCGGAUCCGCAGGUUAUGGGCAGCAGGCGGACCCGAGCUUGUGGGCCUAUGAUAGUAAUUGGGUUCCUGAGGAGUGGGAUGAUGGGGGCAACGGGGGACAGCAGUACUGA